GAGAAGUCAAAGUUAGGAUAGUUUUAAUCUCUUGAUGAUUGCACUUAAACGACAGCAACAUAUCUCCUUUGUUCAAUCCCGAGGAGUCUUGGCUCAACAGGUGAUUGACUUGAAUGUUUCUAUUUCUGUGCAGGAACUUCAAUCGCCGAUCAAGAUGGCUAGCGGACAUUUCCGUUAUCUGGAGCCUCGGCCAUGAGCCAAUCAAUGCAGCGCUUGAAUCCCCGAAGACCAUUGUAUGGAAUUGACCCCUUGAGUGACGGUUCGGCGAUUGAAGAUGCAGCUCUAUUAUAGAUAGCACCUUGAUAACAUCACCCAAACAGACUUACGAUUGACCAGCACCGAUUUAACAUUUCUGAACUUUUAAGGAGACGAUCACUACCUGAGUUAUUCUUUAUUUUACAAAAUUCUGGAACUCCAUCACAAUGGCUGCAGUAUCAACACGUUUCGCGCCUCUACCGCUUACACCAUGCCAAUCAUCUCACCAACCGUUGUCUUACAACAACUUUGAAGAGCUUGAUUUUUAUUCUCUAGAUGAUUUCGUCCGCGAUGUGAAAUCUCAUUUAGGAAAGGAGGGUGGUAUUGGCUGCGAUGACAUCGACGAGGACUAUCUCAUCUCCCUAGCGAAGAAAUACACAUCGAAUCCCAAUGACUGGGCACGCUAUUAUCACAACUGUCCAGAGAAGAACUAUACACGUAAUACGAUUGUGAACAUCAACCAUAAAGCCAAUAUCCUCCUAUUAGUCUGGAACCCAGGAAAGGGAUCACCAAUUCACGACCACGCCAAUGCCCACUGCAUCCUCAAAGUCUUGGCAGGCGAGUUGACAGAAACCAUCUAUGACAUGCCUGAGAAGGGUUGUGAAGACCGCCCUCUGUCAAUCAAGAGUGCCAAUACCCACAAAGCCGAUCAAGUCACCUAUAUAUCGGACGACAUUGGUCUUCACCGAGUGCAUAACCCUCACCCUACCCAAGUGGCCGUCUCUUUGCAUAUAUACACACCGCCAAAUGCUGCGGAUAUUGGUUACAAUGUCUUUGAUGAAUCAACAGGUCGUGCAAGUUUCAUGGCAAAGGCCGAAGCUCGCUAAUAAAUCUCUGGACAGGUUUAAGAGAGUCCUUACAUACAUAGAUACCCUUUCACGAAAGAUACACAGAAUAGAGAGAGUGAUUUGUUUUAG